AUGGCACCAGGAACAGCACGAAAAUGGCAGGCUGCAGUAGCUCACUUGAGAGGACAAGAGGUUAUUGCUGAAAAGAGAGCUGCCUUUGCUUCAGAGACUGCCACAGAUGAUCUCUGGAAUAGCUUACAGGCUGCAAACUCACGAAUUAAGGAGCUGGAGAAUCUGCUUGCUGAUAGAGAUACAGAAUGCCACAGACUUAAAUCAGAGCUUGAUAAGGCUAAUCAGGAACUGCACAUGCAUAAGGACAGCUCUGCCCUUUGGCAGGAAAAGCAUGGGAAAACAUAUCAUGAGCUUCGUAUGCAGCGCCAAACCUCAAAAAGAGGGCAACAAAAAUUGACCCAAUUACAGAAUCAGGUAGAGAUCCUUAAGACUGCAGAGAAAGAGACUUCUAAGCAGCUUUUGAGAGGCUCUCAUGAGUCACAUAAGGCUAUUGCAUUACUACAGAAGCAGAAUGACACUCUCCAUAAUGAACUCUCCAUGGCUAUGGCUAGGUGGACCUUGCAGCUUGAGAAAUCCCAUGCCAAGCUUGCUGAAUCAAACUCUGACCUGAAGACAUUAUGCAACAAAGCUUCCAAGUUACGCAAGGCAGUCAAACAUGUUCAUUAUUUAAUGCAAAAGGGUGUCUUCACUGAGGAAACACGCAAUGUUGUCUGUCUACUUGUUAAGGCUGGCUGCUCACAAAACCUUGUUGGUGAGGUUAUUUCAACUGUCCUCAAAUCUGCAGGAAUAACAGGUGUUGGCAGCAUCAGCCGCACUUCUGUUUCUCGAAUUCUUCAUGAGGGAUAUUUUGCUGCACAAAUUCAGCUUGGAUAUGAGAUGGAAAAAGCAGAAAGUAUGACUUUUAGUGCAGAUGGUACAGGUCAUCAUAGCAUCAACUACAAUUCCCGCCAUGUUCACCUUAUUGCUGAGGAUUACACUUCACCAGAAGGCAGUUCAAAGCAACGAGUAACCCGAACUUUUGGAAUUCAAUCAUCCAAAGAUGGAUCUAGUGAAGAGGCUAUUGCAGACUGGGAGAGUGGUCUCAAGAAAAUUAUUGACCUCUACAAUAAAAGUCCUCUUGGAAAGCACUCAGGUGGACUCCUCAAUUUUAUUAAUCUUUUGAUCAAACUUGCAGGAAUGAGUACUGAUCACUGUUCAAAGGAAAAAAAAGAUGCCCAAUUGCUUGAGACUCUGAAGGCUUGGGCUGUUGAUCAACAUCUUGGAGAGGAAAAAAUGUUAGAAAUGCCAUUAGAGGAGGUUUGUGACUAUUUCAAGAAAGCAGAAGAGGAAAUGAUUAGAAAAGCUGGUGGGGUAAACAAAUGGAACAAAUUAUCUGACAUCAAGAAGGCUGAGAGGAAGGCCAAAAUGAUUGAAGAGGCAGUUGCUCAGUUGGGAAAAGAAGAGUUUGAUAAUCUCUCUGAUGAGGAAAAACAUGUUUUCCGGCUGUUUAUCUGGGCUGGCUGUGGUUGCCACAAGGAUCUGAACACUAUUCAGGGAGGGUAUCUAGCAAUGGCAGCUUGGUGGAUUGAGAAUGAACUUGAGGAAGAAUGCCCUGUUCUUCUUGCCAAUCGUGAUAAUGAUCCUGUGGUUCAAGAGCGAGACACUGCUCUUGAGAAAGGUGACACCCCAACCCCAGCUCAAGACAGAGCUUUUCACAAAUCAACACGUGGUGCAAUUAAAACUGCAGAAAUUGCAGGUGCAAUCUUCAAUCAUAAAGACAGUAAAAGGGGCCACCAUGAUAUCUUUCGUUAUUGGUGGUGGGAACAUGUUGGAGUUCCAUUUACAUUUCCUGAUACAUCCAACAAUCAAUUCCAGUCAUACUGUAAUGCUGCUGCAGCUCUUAUUCUCUAUGGAGAUGAAUUCAAGGAUUUUCUUGAAAGUCUACACAUCAACAAGCAAAAUCCAACACUCAAUCACAUGGAAUCAAAUCUCUGGAAGGCUCUCCACUGCACUUCAACAGUCACUGAGCUUGCUGUUCUUGCAAUUUAUGCUGAGGCUGUUUCAUACCCAUAUAUGAAAGCAAUCCGUACUUCUGAUGCCCAAAAAAAGAACAUGCUUGACCUUGGUCCUUUUCAUUCUUGUGUCUAUGAUCAUAUGCAAAAAAUUAUUGCAAAUCCUAACAUUCUCAUUGGAAAAGACUUAGACCUUUCUGAAUCAUACAAAACAGCUACUCUAGAUGGUGAGAAGUGGCAGAAUCCUGCAGUUAUAAAGAAGAUAUUUGACCUCAUCCCUACACUCCCUCACUUCUGCAAUCUUUUGAUUGCAUUUUUCAAAGGAGCAGCACAAACAUGGGAACAUUUCACAUCAGAAUUUGCACCAGGUGGCUUAAUUGAUGAAGCAACUGCAGAGGAAAGGGAGCUUGCACAUAUGCCUGCAACAAAUGAUGAAAAUGAAGAACAGAUUGCACAGUUGGAACUUGUUUUCAACAAGGAAAAAAUCCCAGAACUCAAAGGUGCUCCAAAUCUCAAGCAGGGGCCAAUGCCAACCAAAGUUGCUGAUAUCCGCAAAGCACUUGUAGAUGCUAUUGAUCUGCAUACAAAUGGUGCUUGGAAGCUUGUCCAAGAUGAGGAGAGUGAGAGUGAAAAUAUUAAUCUGUCAGAGGAAGAGGGGGAUGAGGAGGAUGAGGAGGAUGGUUGGGAGGAUAUUGAGGGCUAUGAGACAUUAUUACACCACUUUGAAUGUAUCAGAAAAACUAAGGGAAAUGGUCACAACUCAUUCUGGAAUUGGAUCAGUGGCUGUGCACCACCUAUGAGCCCAAGGUUGCUUGCUUGA